AAAUGCUCCAGGUGUUAUGCGACAUUCAACCGCGCCGAUGUAACUUGUGUUUUCAAAACGCAACGAUAUCUUGACUACUUAUAAAUUAGUGAACAUUUUAACCAGUUUUAUUAUUGAUUAUAGUGUAAAAAAAAAAAAAAAAAAAACCUAUUACUGCAUAUAUCGCAUAUUUUUCAUAAUCUUAUUUUUGUUUUCUCAUAUCUCCACACCUGUUCUCUUGAAUUCUGCCCGGCAAACGCGUUGCUCUGCUGAACGGUGAUUGGUUGAUUCAGUGUAAACACACGUGAAGGCGACUGAUUCGCGCUGUUCUCGUGGGGAGUAGAGUUGUACAAGCUUUGUGAAAAUGGCAGGUGUUUCUGCGUUUCUUUCGUUGUGUUUGUUUUUAUCAUCGCUACGCCGUACAUUCGGGGCGGAAAUCUCUUUGUGGAGUAUACAACUCGACGAUGUGCAAAAUGAAGUCGUUUUUCGUAAGACUUUGUAUUCCAACUCUACCAUCUUCAUGAAAUUUCAGGGAGAUUUGGCAGCAUGUGAACAGAAAAAAAUGGCGUUUAAUGUUAGUUGGUAUCUUCGUUCAUCUAUCUGUUACAAUGAAGUAUUCAGCACCCCUGACACUGCAGCAGAGGCCAUGUUUGGUUGGGAUCACAGGCUAAAGGAGGACUGGAGUGGCUUCUAUAGCCAAGGCUACGUCUACUAUGAAAGCUGUUCAGCUCUCUUCACCCCUAAGAUUUAUUAUAAAGAAUUUCAGCCGUUUCUGUCUCUCAGUCCCCAAGAGGGCAAGAGUAUAAACCGAACCAGACAUGUAUGGGAAGAUAUACCGUACAUUAAUGCGGUUGCCAAGUCAUGGUCAGAGAGUCCCUACAUGUUUAUUGUGAAGUUUGAAACAUUACAAAAACCAGAAGCCAGUAGAGGGCGCAGAGAGACAGAGGAUGGGGAUGCAAUCGGUGAUCCAAAGGACCAUUUAUCAAUUACAAUGAUAGUAGAAAUGAAAGGUUCUCAUGACUACUCCUCACCUGCUGACUGGCCUCUAAUGAUGUUCUUCAUGAGUAUGUGCAUUGUGUAUGUGCUGUUCGGAGCUCUGUGGCUCCUCUGGCUAGCCUGUUAUUGGCGCGACCUACUCAGGAUACAGUUUUGGAUCGGUGCUGUAAUCGUCCUGGGCAUGCUGGAGAAGGCUUUGUUUUACUCUGAGUACCAAAGCAUCAGAUACCACGGAACUUACAACCAGAGUGCUUUUAUCUUUGCUGAACUGCUGUCUGCACUAAAAAGGUCCCUAGCUCGGAUCCUCUUGAUCAUAGUCAGUUUGGGCUAUGGCAUUGUGAUACCCAGGCUAGGGACUACAGUACCCAGGCUAGUGGCUGUAGGGCUGCUUUAUCUGAUCUUUUCAUCUGUGGAGGGCAUCCUCAGGGUUAAAGGGGGUUUCUAUGGUACAGUGGCUCUUAUUGCCAGUCUCAGUCUCUCUCUCACCGAUUCCUGUGUCAUAUGGUGGGUUUUUAUCAGCCUGUCUCAAACGACUCGGCUCCUGAAGCUGCGCAGAAAUGUGGUGAAGCUCUCAUUAUACCAGCACUUCACCAACACACUCAUCUUCUCUGUGCUAGCAUCAAUCAUAUUCAUCAUAUGGACAUCCAGACAAUUCAAGUUUGUGGACUGUCAAUCAGGCUGGAGAGACAUGUGGCUGGAUGAUGCUUUCUGGAGGCUGCUCUUCUCCACCAUCCUGCUGGUCAUCAUGGUGCUGCUACGACCCUCUGCCAAUAGUCAAAGAUUUUCUCACUCUCCACUCAUUGAUGAAGAUGGUGAGGAAGACGCAAAGGAGCCUAUGCUAAAUGAAGCCUUCGAGGGAAUGAAAAUGAGAGGAGCCAAGUCUGAGGCAAACAGCAGUCAGAAACUCUUUAGCAAAGAGAACUGCAAAGAUGAAGACCUGAAAUGGGUGGAAGAGAACAUUCCUACAAGUGUUGUUGAUGUAGCUUUUCCCAUGAUGUUGGAUGACGAAGAGGAAUUUCUCAAAACCAAGAUGGAGAGGUCCAAGAUGGAAUAGGACCAUGGCAAAAGACGCAUGAUUGUUAGCUAGAUAGUUAAGGACUUAUAUAAAAUCACAUUUUAUAUUAUAUAAGGCCUGUGACUGGAAGCAAAUAUUUAAUAUUUUAUUUCUAUGAGCACAAAAAGUGGAAAUGAUUCUUGGGCCAGCUCUGGAACUUCAAUACAUGCAUCCCACAUAUUUAAAGAAGGCAUCACAGCCAGUCUAGACAUACACUAAGAGUUUAAAUGGGAUAUAAUUUGAAAAUGUAAGCCUAUGAGUGCUAUGGUUAUGUAGGCUGCUGUUAAUAACCACAGAACCCACUGCUAUGAAACUGUCCUCAUAGUGAAAUAUUUUGUUUCUCUUUCUCAUAUUUUACAUCACACUGUUGCAACAAAAGUCUGUAACUGCUUAGAAAUGACUCUACAAAAGUUUAUUAAAAUCUGUAGAAUUAUUUUCAUAGUAACUCAGAUAUGUUUCAUACACAGGCAGGAAUUACACAAAGAUCCUGAAAAUAAUAUAGCACCUUUUAAGACUCCUCAGUUAAGAAGACAUUAGCAACACACUCUGCUUACAUGUUUAUGUGUGAGUUUAUAUUUUUGGCAAAAAUUGCACAACAUGCUCACAAAUUGCCUUCCUUGUUUAGCUACAAUUCAGGUGAUUUGAAAUAAGAAUUUAUUAUGCCUAUUAGUUUUGCAUAAAAAACUUAUGUAUUGAUAUUUUUUACAAAAGAGAAGAAUGUUAUUUUAUGCUUAAAGUAUUUGUCGAUAUGGACCUUUUUUAUUUUAUAUUUUUACUGGCUUAGCUGCAAACAGGUGACAAAUGAAAGGAAAAACCAACAUAAGUUGUCUUACUGUUCUUACUGACAGUCUGUACAUAUCCUCCAUUGACAUUCUCAGUCACCUGAAGAACAGUGGAAACUCUAUUUACUGAUGUCUUUUAGAUCUAAAUGUAGAUAUCACUGGCUGUAAAAAGCAUCUGCACUCAUUAUUACAGUUUUUCCUUUAGUUUGUCACCCAUCUGUAGUCUUGUGUUUACAAAUCUCCAGGUGUGAUUGAAUUAUUGAAUGAUAUUAAAAGAGUUCAUCUUUU